AUGCCGUUUGAAGCUGUGGGUCUGCUACUCAUCCUAAUCGCCACGCUGUUCGCCGUAAUGGGACACUGCAGCUGUGACCACAAGAUGCUCAUCGCAUGUGGACUCUACAUCCUCGGAGGUCUCUCGCUGGGCGGGGGCCUGGUGGUGUUCGCGUCGGUGCUGAGCGACGCCUACCUGGAGCGCCCCCGCGGCACCCAGCAGGCGGCGCUGUUCGACUACCGUUACGGCUGGUCGUUCUUCGUGGCGUGCGCCUCCUUCCUGAUGUCGGAGCUGGCGGCGCUGCUGUCGGUGACGGCCUACCUGCGCCGCUUCCCGUCCGUGGAGGAGAUGGUGAGCGCCGCGGUGCCCGGCGCCGAGCGGCUGGUGCGUAACCUGUGGACGAGCCCGCGGGGCCUGUACGCCAAGCGGCCGCUGCUGCUGCCCGCCCUGCAGCAGCAGUUCGGAGGACAGUCGUUCCGGCCCGGCCGCUACGAGACGCUGCGGCCGCCCGCCAAGAAGAAGGCGGUGAACGUGAGCACGUUCAGCUCCCUGGAGCAAUAUGGAAACUCCAUCACCUUCAUGUUUAGAUCUACAGAAGUAACUGGAUAA